UUUUAAACCUUCUACCUUCCCUUGACUUUCCUCCGCCGUGGCUUCCUCCUCCACCAACCUCCACUUUCUCCCAUAAUAACCCGCUCCUCCUCUUCACCCUCCCUCCAAUUUCCGAUCAAACGAAACCAUGGUCUCUUUCACCGCCGUCCACGCCGCCCUCUUCUUCCUCCUCUCCGUCUCCGUCUCCGUCUCCGCCCAGUCCCAAUUCUCCCCCGACCCGAGAUCCGACCCCUACCAGUAUCGCCUCAGCGGUUCCAUGGCGGUCAUCAUCGUAAUCCUCAUCGCCGCUCUCUUCUUCGUCGCUUUCUUCUCCGUCUACUUACGUCACUGCAACGAUUCCCAAUCCAACUCCGUCCGCCCUGUCACCGCCGCUGCUCGGUCCCGUCGCGCCGCUCGUGGUCUCGAUCCGGCCGUGAUUGAAACAUUCCCGACGCUAAUUUACUCCGAUGUGAAACAGCAUAAAAUCGGUAAGAGUACCCUAGAAUGCGCCGUUUGCUUGAAUGAGUUCGAAGAUGAUGAAACGCUGCGUUUAAUCCCUAAAUGUGACCAUGUGUUUCAUCCUGAGUGUAUUGAUGCUUGGUUGGCUUCUCAUACUACUUGCCCUGUUUGUCGCGCUAAUUUAUCGCCUCAACUCACUGAGUCCGUCCACCGAGUUGAAGAUUCCGCCGCCGUAGUCGACUCGGAUGAGAACAGAGGAGAUAUUGAAGCGCAGAACAACGACGUCGUUUCUGAGACUAAUCCAACUGCGGCUCCACCGCCGAUUCAGAUACCAGCUGAAUCGGAGUUGAAUACGACGACGGCGGCUAACAAGUCGUUGAAUCGUAACCGUACACGUGGAUCCCGCUCCAAUAGAUUGCGGUGGUUAUUCCCCCGGUCUCACUCAACUGGCCACUCCUUGGUUCAGCCCGGGGAGGACACCGAGCGGUUUACUCUCCGGUUGCCACUUGAAAUAAGGAAGCAAGUAGUGAACCGGAAACUGAACCGGGCGACGAGUAUGGUAAUUCUGGCAAGGCAGAGCAGCUCGAUGAGAGGAUACCGGUUCGGUUCAGGCGAAGGGAGUAGUAGAGGGAAGUAUUACCGAAGACUUGAACGGUUGGACCGGACAUCAAAGUCAGACCGGUGGGUGUUGUCAAUUACACCGCCGUUUUUUACUCGUAUGUCAUCGAUGAAGACUCCCCGGGGAGGGAGUAUCCAUGGUGAACCGGGUUUGGGUCGAGAACUUGGACAAGGAAGUUCCACGGCCGAGUCGAGUAGGCUUCCGGUCUGAAAUGGUUUAUUUUUUUUCCACAAUUCAUAUAUACCAAAAAAAAAAAAAAUACUUA